AGAGAGAGAGAGAGAGAGGAGCUGCUGAUGAAUGUGUUAGCAGCGCCUCAACUGGACAAGUUCUAGCUUGGCUAGCUGGAUCAGUUCAUCCAUCAGCGGCAAUCUACAAGGUAAGGCUCCGCUUGGACAUUGCGCAAGCGGAGACCGGGACGGCAAGGCAGCAGGAACAGGAGCAUACCCAGAGCAGAGGAGGCGGCUCGAUGGACGGCGGCUCCCCGCGGCCGCCCCGCCGCCCGGAGCGGGAGGGGAGCUACAACCACGACAUCGAGAGCAUGGACGGCUCCGGGGCCGGGGGCGGGCCGCCGUGGCGGUCGCAGAACGGCUCCUCCGAGGCCCUGCUCCGCUACGACGACGGCGGGAGCGCGCGCGAGCCGCUGCUGCGGAAGCGCACCAUGAACACCACAUCCCAGAUCGCCAUCGUCGGCGCCAACGUCUGCCCCAUCGAGAGCUUGGAUUACGAAGUUGUGGAGAACGACCUUUUCAAGCAAGAUUGGCGAUCAAGAAAGAAGAAGCAGAUAUUUCAGUACAUUGUUCUCAAGUGGAGCUUGGUGCUUCUUAUUGGCUUGUUAACUGGACUUGUUGGCUUCUUCAACAACCUCGCUGUUGAAAACAUUGCUGGACUCAAGUUGCUACUCACGAGUCGUCUGAUGCUCAAUGAGAGUUAUUUCAAAGCAUUUUUUGUAUAUGGAGGUUGCAAUUUAGUCUUGGCGGCAUCUGCAGCAGCAAUCUGUGCUUAUGUUGCACCUGCUGCUGCUGGAUCCGGUAUUCCUGAAGUUAAAGCAUAUCUUAACGGGGUUGAUGCUUAUUCUAUAUUGGCUCCUAGUACACUCUUCGUUAAGAUAUUUGGUUCAAUACUUGGAGUUUCAGCUGGAUUUGUACUAGGAAAGGAAGGCCCUAUGGUACACACAGGAGCAUGUAUUGCCAACUUGCUUGGUCAGGGAGGAUCACGCAAGUAUCAUCUUACAUGCAACUGGCUAAGAUACUUUAAGAACGACAGGGAUAGGAGAGACUUAAUUACAUGUGGAUCUGCAGCUGGAGUGGCAGCUGCCUUCCGUGCACCUGUUGGCGGUGUUCUGUUUGCUCUUGAAGAAGCAGCAUCAUGGUGGCGAAGUGCACUUUUGUGGAGAACAUUCUUUACAACUGCUGUUGUUGCUGUGGUAUUGAGGGGACUGAUUGAAUUCUGUCGCAGUGGAAAAUGUGGUCUCUUUGGGCAAGGUGGAUUGAUCAUGUUUGAUCUCAGUUCAACUGUUGCAACCUACAGUACUCCAGAUCUGAUUGCAAUCAUAGUCCUUGGUAUAAUUGGUGGCAUCUUUGGAGGCCUCUUCAACUUUCUCUUGGACAAGAUCCUGCGAGUUUACAGUAUCAUCAAUGAGAGAGGUGCUCCAUUCAAGAUCCUUCUCACCAUAACAAUAUCAAUAAUCACAUCAAUGUGUUCCUAUGGUCUUCCUUGGCUUGCUGCAUGCACUCCAUGCCCAGUUGAUGCUGUGGAGCAGUGUCCAACUAUUGGCCGUUCUGGAAAUUACAAAAACUUCCAAUGCCCACAAGGAUAUUACAAUGAUCUUGCAUCACUCUUCUUCAACACCAAUGAUGAUGCCAUCCGCAAUCUCUUCAGCAACGGCACCGCAAAUGAGUUCCGAAUGUCCAGUCUUUUCAUUUUCUUCACUGCUAUUUACUGCCUUGGACUUGUGACUUACGGGGUUGCUGUCCCCUCUGGCCUCUUUAUCCCUGUUAUUCUUGCUGGAGCUACUUAUGGGCGCAUAGUGGGAACACUUCUUGGAUCUAUAUCUGAUCUUGAUCCAGGCCUUUUUGCCCUUCUUGGUGCCGCAUCUUUUCUCGGUGGAACAAUGAGAAUGACUGUUUCAGUUUGUGUGAUCCUUCUAGAGCUCACCAAUGAUCUUCCCAUGCUCCCUUUGGUCAUGCUUGUACUUCUCAUAUCCAAGACCAUAGCAGAUAACUUCAACAAGGGGGUUUAUGAUCAGAUAGUGGUGAUGAAAGGUUUGCCAUACAUGGAGGCUCAUGCUGAACCAUACAUGAGGCAUUUGGUCGCUGGUGAUGUGGUUUCUGGCCCACUAAUCACCUUUUCAGGUGUUGAGAAGGUGGGGAACAUUGUUCAUGCGUUGAGGAUAACGGGCCACAAUGGGUUUCCCGUGGUUGAUGAGCCGCCUAUAACAGAAACCCCAGAGCUGGUUGGGCUUGUGACUAGGUCUCAUCUACUGGUUUUACUGAACAGCAAGAAUUUCAUGAAGGGGCGGGUGAAAACUAGUGGUAGCUUUGUUCUGCGAAGAUUUGGUGCCUUUGACUUUGCAAAGCCAGGGUCAGGGAAAGGUUUGAAAAUUGAGGACCUGGAUUUCACUGAUGAGGAGAUGGACAUGUAUGUGGAUCUCCAUCCGAUUACAAACACCUCACCUUAUACGGUAGUUGAGACAAUGUCACUGGCGAAAGCCGCAAUUCUUUUCCGGGAACUCGGGUUGAGGCAUCUCUUGGUUGUGCCCAAGACACCAGACAGGCCUCCCAUAGUUGGAAUUCUGACAAGGCAUGAUUUCAUGCCUGAACACAUUCAUAGUCUGUUCCCAAAUCUCAACCCUCACAGGUACCAUUCAGCGUCUAUGGCAGGUUGAUCAUGAAGCUUUUUGCUACUUCUCACCUGUGUAAAUUAUUUGGGUGCUGGUUGUAUGUAAAUUACAAAGGUGUAUCUGGUGUUCAAUUGGAGAGAGCUCAUCUUCUUUACAUGGUAUGAUUUGAGUGGAUUUUGUAGCACAUGCUCUUCUGCAAUAAAAAUGUGGCAGUUAUUUGGUUGGUGACUGCCCGCGGUAAGAAAAGGUCGGCAAAUUGUAGAGUGAAUGUUCCAAACUCCAGAAUAUGGAGCAAAAGUAUGAAGUGUAAGGUUCCUGCGAAGCAUGUUUGAGAAUUGAGACUCUUGAAGGUUUAUUUUAGUGAACUUGGGCCUAAACACUAUGCCACUGGCACUUGUAAUGCAGAUUUAUUCUUUCUAAUUGCAAGAUCUACUUGGCUUUCUAUUCUUGACA